AUGCACACAUUUUCCACAUUACCUGUCGAACUUGUUUAUCGAAUUAUGGAUCAUCAAAAUGAGCUGACACUAUUUUGUUCAAUGCAAAAUAUUUGUCGACGAUUCAAUAAAAUACUCAGUACAUAUGAACGCUAUCGAACGAUCACCACACUAAACCUCGCGCAUAGAGGAAUCGGUGAUGAAGGAGCACAAACCAUUGCGCAUGCCUUGCGGGCGAACACGCUACUCACCACACUAGACCUUGAGCAUAAUGGAAUCGGUGUUAAUGGAGCACAACGCAUUGCGGAUGCUUUGCGAACGAACCGGGCGCUCAACACGCUAAAGCUCGACGACAACAGAAUGGGUGAUGAAGGAGCACAACACAUUGUGGAUGCUUUGCGAACGAACACGGUAAUAUUGAACUCAUUUCACAAGGAAACGAAGCACUCAGCCUAUCUCACACCUAUACAGGCGCUCACCACACUACACCUCGGCGGCAACAGAAUCGGCGUUGAUGGAGCACUACGCAUUGCGGAUGCUUUGCGAACGAACACGGCGCUCACCGCACUAAAUCUCGACGAUAACAUAAUCGGUGCUGAAGGAGCACAACACAUUGUGGAUGCUUUGCGAACGAAUACGGCACUCACCACACUACACCUUUCGAGCAACAGAAUCGGUGCUGAAGGAGCACAACACAUUGCGGAUGCUUUGCGAACGAACACGGCGCUCACCGCACUAGAACUCAGUUGGAACGAAAUCGGUGAUGAAGGAGCACAACGCAUUGCGGAUGCUUUGCGAACGAACACGGCACUCACCACGCUACACCUUCGCGGCAACAGAAUCGGUGAUGAAGGAGCACAACACAUUGCGGAUGCUUUGCGAACGAAUACGGCGCUCACCGCACUAGAUCUCAGUUGGAACGAAAUCGGUAAUGAAGGAGCACAACGCAUUGCGGAUGCUUUGCGAACGAACACGGUACUCACCACACUACACCUUUCGAGCAACAGAAUCGGUGAUGAAGGAGCACAACACAUUGCGGAUGCUUUGCGAACGAAUACGGCACUGACUACAUUAGAUCUCAGAUCGAACGAAAUCGGUGAGGAAGGAGCAGAAAACAUUGCGGAGGUGUUGGGAAGGAAUACAAACGUCAACACGGUGUAG